AUAUUGUUGGAAAAAUAUUUAUAACCUUCCAAAUUUUGGAGGUUCUCAUACACGCCUUCCUGUGAAUAAAUAUAUUUUCCACAAUCGCCGGAUUCUUGUCGUUACGAAAGUCCGACGGACAAAUCUUAAUCUCCGGCCACGAUGUCUUCGCCGGCCGUUUUCGUUGCCGUUAUUCUUGUCUUUGCUUCUUUAUUCUCCCCAUCACUAUCCCAAAUAUGUUCAUCACAGCAAUUCACCAACAACAAGGUUUAUGCUCGUUGUAGCGAUCUUCCAGUACUCAAAUCAUUCCUUCAUUGGACAUACGAUGCUGCUAAUUCCACUCUUUCUGUCGCAUUUGUUGCACCUCCGGAUAAACCUGACGGAUGGAUUGCGUGGGCUAUUAAUCCCAACGCUCCCGGUAUGGUUGGGGCGCAAACAUUGUUUGCGUUCAAAAAUUCCAAAGGCGAAAUGGUGGUGAAAACGUAUGAUAUUUCGAGUUAUUCUUCAAUUAUGGAGUCGUCUAAAUUGUGGUUUGAUGUUAAAGAGACUGCAGCGGAAUUCUCCGGCGGAAUGAUGCGGUUGUUUGCAACGCUUGUGCUACCGGAAAAGGGGAAAACUACGUUGAAUCAUGUAUGGCAGGUGGGACCCUCUGUUACCGAUGGUUUUCCUGCAAAACAUGGUUUUCAGCCAGCUAAUCUGAACUCGAAAGGAACGUUUGAUUUGUUGAGUGGAGAAAGCAAAAGCAGCGCUUCUGGCGAUUCUAGGGUCACUAGAAAAAAUAUCCAUGGAAUCCUUAAUGCUAUUAGUUGGGGAUUUCUGUUUCCUGUCGGGAUCAUCAUUGCGAGGUACAUGAGGACAUUCAAAUCUGCUGAUCCGGCAUGGUUUUAUCUUCAUAUUUCCUGCCAAUGUUCUGCUUAUGUUAUUGGAGUUGCUGGAUGGGCAACUGGUCUUAAGCUUGGAAGUGAAUCAAAGGGUAUCACCUAUGACGUCCAUCGCAAUAUUGGGAUUGCACUUUUCUGUCUUGCAACAUUGCAGGUUUUUGCCUUGUUGUUGAGGCCGAAGAAGGAUCAUAAGUACAGAUUUUACUGGAAUAUCUACCAUCACGGAGUUGGCUAUACAAUGCUUAUCCUCAGCUUGGUUAAUGUAUUCAAAGGUCUCGACAUAUUAGAUCCAGCGACAAAGUGGAGGUCUGCAUAUAUUGGCAUACUAGUUGUGUUAGGAGUAAUCGCCCUAUUAUUGGAAGUGGUUACCUGGAUUGUUGUGUUAAAGAGGAAAUCUAACAAAACAACCAAACCAUAUGAUGGUUGAUCUUCUCGAUGAGGACAGGGGAAGCUACAGUUAUCACUGUCUAAAUCGGUCUCACUCUAUAUAUAUACUAGAAUUUGCUCGAAGUGAUUCUUUUAUUAUUAUCCCUACCUCUUCUGUUAUCCUCAUUGUACAAUGGCUUCUAAAGAUAACAUGUUUAUAAAUAUAUGACUUGAUCACUUCAAUUGCAGAACACACUUUGUGGAUGUUUUUA